AGACAGUUUCCGGCUUUCAAACGGAAGCCGGAAGGGUGUCGGGGAUUCCCUCUUCAGUUUCUGCUCCUCUUCCCCCAGCUUCUCACAGGUACUGAUGCAGAAUCCUCAGAGCCAAUCCUGUGAGAUGUUUCGUUUGAAUCAGAGAUAGAAGAACCAGUCGCAGAUAGUAACAGGAAUUCAUGCACCUCACAGAAGAUGGAGACAUUCAGAGACAAGACUGUAGAUGAGCUGAAGGAGCUGCAGGAAAAUUCAGAAGAGAUUGAGCGAUUGGCAAUAGAGUCUAGUGAGGUCCAGGAUGUACAGCUGGAAAGGGAGAUGGCUCUGGCCACAAAUCGUAGCCUGGCGGAGCGGAACUUGAAGUUCCAAGAGCCUCUAGAAACAGGACGUGCAAACCUCUCUGACAAAUAUAGGGAACUGCAAAAGCUGGUGGAGCGAUGCCAGGAGCAGAAGGAAAAAUUGGAAAAAUUCUCAACGGGAAUACAGCCUGAUACUCUGUUAAAUCUUCUGCAGGUGGAAGGGCAGAAAAUCGAAGAAGAAUCUGAGACAAUGGCUGAAAAGUUCCUGGAGGGCGAAGUGUCUCUGGAUACAUUCCUUGAGCAGUUUUCCUCCAUGAGGAAGUUAUCCCAUCUACGGCGGGUGAAAGUGGAGAAGCUUCAGGAAGUGCUGAGGAAACCUCGGUCAUCACAAGAGCCAGUAAACAACCACCAGCCUCCUUCGAACAUACCUUCUGGGCCUGUAACUCAGCAGCCGCAGAGUAGCUCAGCUGGGGGACCGCCCUUUCCUUUACCUUACAGUCUAUCCCCUUGCAUGCCUAGUGGCCCUUCAUCUUAUGGAGCUCUCCAACCAGCUUCAUUUGCAGGAACACCUGUUUUGGUGGGACAUGUUGCUUCCUCUCAACCAAGUAUCCAACCCCCAUUUCCUUAUAAAUCACCCCCAGGUCCUAGAUACCCAUCUGUGUCUUCUGGUGGCUCAGUACCCCAGUCUCAGGUAGGAGAUGCAUCUCCAUACCCUGGAUAUUCUUGGUCUCCAUCCAGAGCACCUCCUUCUGGAUCAGGAUACCCACAGCCCACUCAUGGGGCUCCAUCUACAAGGCCAGGGUUCCCUCAGCCUCCAUAUUUUCAACCAGUGGGCAGGCCACAGUGCCCCUAUCCUACUCAGCCUCCAGUGCCUACCUUCCCUGUUCCUUCCCAGGCUCCAUAUCCCACAGGCCCAAGUCCGUCCUUUGGCUAUCCACCACCACCUCAGCCACCUCGGGGCCCUUGGUCAGGAUACUAGUCAGGAUUUCCAGUCAGUAUUCUUUUAUAUAGUAACCUGAGAAAUUGAUUCUUGCUAGCUAAUGAGGCCGAACCUGCAAACUUGGAAGUGUCAUCCUGAGGGACCUACUUGUGUAAGCAUUAUAUUGAAGGCAUGUGUGGGUUAAUGGUGUAAGAGUUGAGAAGGAACGUCUCCCUUGGGAAAGUUCCAUUCAUGAGUAUCGGCAGGCACUGAUUGAGCAACACCUUAAUGGCCAGGGAUUCGACCAAACAGUCAGUUCAAGCCAUAGUAUAAAAUUCAAAUAUAGACCCAGACUCUUAGUUGAGCUAUACAGGCAUUGUUCCGAUUAAGCUGCUUGAGACAUAGUUAUUCACAACAGCUUGGAUCUGAUCCUGUGUGUGUUUGUGUGUGCACAACUGUGUGUGUGUGUAGUUUUCUACUUUAAUAUAUUAGAAUAUAAAUAUAUAUAUAUAUAAAGAAUUCUAUACACUUAUUUUACACAGAACCCACGACAAGGAGAAAUCUGUCAAGUAUUUCUGACGUAAAACACAUGCUUUCUAGGGAAGGAAGGAAUAUAUGAUAUCUCUUGGCACUAAGGGAAUACUAGGAAAUAAAUUAAAGGCAUAGCUCAGUCUUUGACAUGCUUCAGGAGUGGUGGUAUAUCAGAUAACACAACAGAGAAACAAGCCCUGCAUCACAACUUCUCCCAGUUCCAACCAAAACCUUCCAGGGGGCCACAUGCCAGGAGUAGGCAGGGCAAGUACCCCACACUCUUUCAGUAGCAGUCCAUUCAUUCUUUCAGUCCUUUCCCGGCUCUGUUGCAUUUCUUUCUCUCUUCACUCCUCUUUCAUCUCCCCACCCCUCCUUGCUGCCUCUGCCCAGCACUUGGGAUUAAAUAGAGCUCCCAUGAGCACGAGUAGAACCUUUUUAAAAUCCUAAUUGCUGCAUACAGAGAUAAACUUGGGAGGGGGCAGGCACUGUGCAUAGGAGCAUUAACACUUUCCUCCCCAGCUGUACUCACCUAAAUCACACACACCCAACAUAGACUUUAAAACCCUCCAGUGGUAACAGCGGAGGCUUUUUUAAAAGCCUGCUUGCUGUGCAGGGCACAAUUUUGCAAGAGGUCACAAUCUGCAGGGAAGGAUAGCCCUCCCCUCCCUAGCAGAAACCCCUUUGCAUGCUCCCCAAUGUGGCAGUUGGGCUUUUUAGGGUGCAAUCCUAUGUGUGUUUAGACAGAAAAAAGUCCUACAACUCCCAGCAUUCCCCAGCCAGCCAUGCAUAGGAUUGCUCCCUUAAAAGGAUUGUGCCUUUAAAAGCCUAACUGCUGUAUGGGUGUGUGAGUGGAGAGGCCGCAGGCUGGAUGGGGAGGCCCUGCGGGCCAUAGCUUCCCCACCACUGCCAUAGUGGUUAGCUAUCUUCCCUGUUCCUCUUGUCCAGUGUGUUGCCAUCAUUUCUAGCUUUCCUGUGGUUUAUUUCCUCUAUAUUCUCCCCUCUGGUUGUGUUAGGUAUAUGGAAGAGGUGAACUGUUUCAAGGUGGGCCAGAAAGUCUGACUUAUAAAAGUCAAAUCACUAUGCAUUUUCAUAUUUGGGAAUAAUGGACAAAAUGCUAGCGUCCCUAUUUCCAAUGGGCUGUGUGGUGUGCUUCACUGAAUCUUGUAGGCAUUUGCUGCUGCUGACAUAUCCAGCUCCAUUUCUCUGUUAAUCUCUGAGUGUAACAGAGGAUUGGAUAAGGAAGGCUUCUCCCUACUCUUUGUUCACUGUCCCACUUCCUUCUUUUGACAAGAAGAAACACUGGCUACCAACAGAGAGAACGGAGCGGAUCUAAUGGAAAUCAAAAUGGCUUUGCUCAGCACUUUACCCUCUUGCUUGCCCGUAAUUUAUUUAUUUUUUAAAAAUGGACUACUAAUAGAUUUGACCAGGUUGAAUGCUUUUGGAAUUUGAUGGAAGCAAUUUCGUAUCUGUGAGUAAUUAUGGUAAUAAAACUUGAUGAAUUGCACACAGGCUUAUGAUUAUGACUUCUGGAAAUGAAGCUGUGGCUGUUAUUUGAUAUGGAUUCUUUUUCUUACUUGCUAACAUCUUCCCUUUGAUGUCUCCUAGUUUGUGUCAAUAAGGCCCUUCACAGUUCAUCUCACACAGUCAUAGGCUCUUAAUACCAUAUGGCAUUUCCUCUUGUCUUUACCCCACUUAAGUGAUCUAUCUGUGCAUCUAUCCUCCUCCCCAUAGACCAGUAAACUUAACCCUUCUUCGCAUCCUUCAACACCAUGUUUCCUCUAUCUUAUGCAUUAUAAUUUCCAUAUUCCAUCUGCCCUUAUUGUUUUCAGCAAUUGUUUUGAUCAUCCUUUAUCAUUGACUUUAUGUUCUGUAAUUAAGUAAUUACCCUGUCUAUACUAUUUAACUUGUUAAUGCCUAGUACCCCAACUUUGAUCUAACCCAAUAUAUGAUAACCUAACACUAGACCUGAAGAAAGGCCACAGUAGUGGAAAUAUGUUUUGCCC